AUGUGUGCGCUUGAAGCUCUUCAGCCCACUCCAGAGCGCGAAGCCCUACAUGCCCGCAUUUCAGCCCUAAUGCAAAAGCACUUGGCUAAAUCCUGUGAAGGUAAGAUCAGAAUUGGAGUCUCGAGCACAGAGGAUGAGGCGAUCAUGUCGAAGUCUUCGCUUUUCGAAGAGACGUUUCCGUGCUCUCUGUCACUGCACACCCUGACCGCUGCUUUGGCUGAUCCGGAUCAGGCUGAGGAGGCCAAAGAAGUGUUGGAGCUGAUAGAACGGUAA